CCACGAUCACACCAGACGCGCGCACACGUGAGGAGAAUCGACACAUCCAUAAAAGGACGUUUGUUGAUUGUCGGCCAACUCAUUCUCGAACACCAUCUCCAAGACCCUCCUCUUCCUCAAGACUCGUCUCGAUGGCCCGCACGAAGCAAACCGCCCGCAAGUCCACCGGAGGUAAAGCCCCUCGCAAGCAGGCAUCUGGCGUCCAAGUCCGCCGCCCGCAAGACUGCCCAGCAAGCUGCUGGCGGCGUGAAGAAGCCCCACCGCUUCCGACCCGGAACCGUCGCCCUGCGCGAGAUUCGUCGUUACCAGAAGUCGACCGAACUACUCAUCCGCAAGCUUCCGUUCCAGCGUCUCGUCCGUGAAAUCGCCCAGGACUUCAAGACCGACCUUCGGUUCCAGUCGUCGGCAGUGAUGGCCCUACAGGAGGCCGCCGAGGCUUAUCUCGUGUCGCUGUUCGAGGACACCAACUUGGCUGCCAUUCACGCCAAACGCGUCACCAUACAGCCAAAAGAUCUCGCCCUUGCUCGCCGACUGCGCGGAGAACGUGCUUAAGCACCUCUCCUUCCAGACUAUCUUAUCUAUCUCUCAUUGCCAUGUAUGUAACCACCCACGGCCUGCACUCAUGCCACAUGUAUUCUGGUUAUACCUACAAUUAAAGGAUUUACUUAUGCACAUUGGCAAGGGCGGCAACCGCCUUCACUAUUCCUCCAUGGCAGUGUCUUCUGCUCGUGCGUCCAAACCUCGCGCAUCUUGUCGUAGCUCUUCCUGCUCGAGGGCGACUGUGU